AUGAGCGAACGGACUAACUUCUUCCGAUUGUCUUUCGAGAGAGUUUUCUCCAAUCCUGCUGACCCAAACGUCGCCCAUUCCGAUUUGCCGCUGCUCCAACGCCGUGCCGCCAACAGCAUCGUCUUCCUCGAGCUCAAGUCAAUGGGAUCAAAUGGGGAGCAUAGUUUGAUGAUUGAAGAAAACGAGACUGAGUCGAUGCAAAUUGAUCCGGGAAGAAGCCGGUUCCCUUGCUGCAUUGUAUGGUCCCCCCUUCCCUUUAUGUCAUGGUUUUUCCCAUGUAUUGGACACAUUGGAAUCUGUAGGGAGGAUGGGGUCAUAUUGGAUUUUGCCGGGCCUAAUUUUGUUUGUGUCGAUAGUUUUGCGUUCGGUGCCCCAACUCGCUACAUUCAACUGACCAAAGAGCAGUGCCGCACUUUGCUCAACUCCCACACGCGUGACCAUGAAGACGAUCAUAUACAAAAUGGAGCAAGAACGGAGAUAAUAUCUUGGGACGAUGCAUUACGCAAAAGCACGCAAGAGUACCAACACCAGUCAUACAACAUCUUAACCUGCAACUGUCAUUCUUUUGUGGCAAAUUGUCUGAACAGGUUGAAAUUUGAUGCUGGCGGCUGGAACGUGGUAAACCUGGCUCUUCUUAUUUUCAUCAAGGGAAGAUUCAUAAGUAAACUUGCCAUUCUUAAGACAUAUUUACCUUUUGUCGUGGUAUCUGGCCUUGGGCUUGCGUUUGGAGGAGAAACCUUCCUCACUUAUUUGGCCCUUUUUGUUGUUGUUCUAGUCGGGUGGUUUCUUGUUGGCACUUAUUGUUUUAGAAAGUUGAUUUACGUGUAG